AUUGUCAUUUCAUUUCAGUUACUACAGUUUGAAGUAGGCAUGUUUCUGUUGUAUAUAAUUUUCAAAAGCCGGCAAUUGGUCAUGGGGAUCAAGAUAACAGAGGCUUAGUGGCAAAUUUGUGCUCGAGAAAGCAGUGUUCAGCGACAUAAAAGAAUUGACAUAACCGAGGAGAAAAUGCUCAGACAAAGAGAGAAUUUGGCGGUUCCACUUCAAAAACGUCAUCAUAACAGGGUUGUCGAGUUAACCGAGGUGGAGGUGGUUUGACUGUAGUCCUAUUUUAGAUACCCUGUUCUGUAUGCCUGUUGAUGUUGGCCUGCAUUUUACUAUGGUACUUGAAUGUUCUAGGAUAAGUAAGUUACCAGGCCUAUAAAUGAUGCAGACAUUUAAAAUAAGUAUAAAUUAGGCCUAUGUCUCUGCAUAUAAAAUUUAUGACAUUAUUAUAAAUUAUUGAUAUUCAUUUGAUAAUUAUACAGAGCUAGAGCUGUCCUAGACUAUAAUAUUAAUAAGAAUUAGAAGUCACAGAAGACCAAGGCCUUCAUUAGAUAAAGCUACAUAUAAACUUCAGAGUUUGAGGCCACUGUAUUUAAAAACAUGGUAAGUAAGCCUAAUUUUUUUUUGACCACAUACCCCCUUAGUUAUUGGGCAUCAAGGAUGAGCCAUGCAUUUCAGUGGUGGAUUAAAAAAAACAAACAUCGAUGGCAAAAGAAAUUUUUUGUUCAAGUUGAGCAAAGCCUAAUAAUAGAAAGACUAUUAAUAAUGUGCCAAGCUUGUAAUCUAUAGUGUAAUAUUUAAACUUACUUAUUAUUAUGAAAAGCAUGACAAGUUUUUUUUUAAAAUUCCAAGUUUCUGAAAGAUACAAUCAUUAAAAAUUCAAAUGUCAUAUAUUACGGUCUGCAGGUACCUUAUUGAUCUUCAUUCUAUUGACAAAGAAAUCGAUUUUAAAAAGAUAAUAGAGAGAAAUGAUAUCACAUUAGUUUAGUGUUAUUAUUUAUUUUUUUUAGUUAGCACUUCAUUAUGUGCAUUAUGAAGAGAUAACUUGUAAAUAUUUUAUUUAGUGGGUGUUAAUUUAAUACUUUAAUAUAAGGUGUAAUGACAUACAACCCGCAAACUAUUUACUCACUAUCAAAGUAGCCCGCUAAGACUUUUGGGGUAGCCACCCCUGAUAAAGUCAGUUCUAGUUAAACUUAUGGAUUACCCUUCUGAUUUUUCAAGGCUGAAAGAAAAGCUGUGAACAAAUACUACCCACCUGACUGGGAUCCAAGGAAAGGUUCGGCAAACAAACGAGUUGGACAACAUCCACUCAGAGAUCGUGCAAAGAAAUUAAGCCAAGGCAUUCUUGUAAUCAGGUGACAUAUAGAAAGAAAAAAAUGCAAUCUUGUUGAACUAUUUUAAAAGUAAGUGUGCUUUUAUAUGAAAAGGAGUAGAACCUAAUGCAGACAAAAAACAAAUAAAUAAGAUCUGCACAUUUUUCACCAUGUGCAUAGGCCGAAGGGCACAUGUCCAAAUUAUAACUAACUGAAACAGGAUGAUGGUUAGAGAGUAGAAUUUUUUAUAAUUCUUCAAAACGGCUUUAAGUUAUAUGAUUUGUAAAUUGAAACUCAUUGAAAUUCAUUUUGUUAUUUAAUGCAGGUUUGAAUUGCCUUACAAUAUCUGGUGUGGAGGUUGUGGAAGCCACAUAGGCAUGGGUGUCCGAUACAAUGCAGAGAAAUCUAAAGUGGGAAACUACUACAGUACUCCAAUAUAUAAGUUUCGGAUGAAGUGCCAUCUUUGUGACAAUUAUUUUGAGAUCCAGACAGAUCCCAAGGUAAAUUUAUGACUUGUUUUGUGAUUGAACAUUUGUUUAAUAAAUAUGUCUUUUAACAGAGUCCCACUGUUAGUUGAUUAGUGGUCUUAUUAAUUACUCACAUAAGAUAAAACGAUCCAUUGCUUUAGUGGUGGAUGUUUAAAUGUGAACUGUAGAAACUCAGAUGGCAGACAAAUUGUGGCCAAGUGUAGUCUGUAUAAUUGAUGACAUAUUAUUAUAUUAUGUAAUAAAAUCAUUUUUUUUUAUGACGUCCUAUGUAAAUGCUAACCAUAGUUUUGUUUCAAAGCUUUUACCUUUAGCAUCAAUGUUUUGAUUUUAGGUUUCUGCAACAUGCUAGUGUUUCAUUGAACUAAACAUGUCAUUGUGAUGACGCUUCCCUCCCUUGGGCUUGUACAUUACUGUGUCCUAGACUACAAGUCUACCAUAACCCAUGUUAUGAUAUUUGAGUUUCUGCUGUACCUGUUCUUUAUUGCCCUUGUACAAAGAGGAAAUAAUAUCAGAAUAGAAAACUUUAACUGUCUGCCUUGAGCACAUGUAUCACGAAUUGACAAAUCCACAGAACCAUGACUAUGUCAUCUUAAAUGGUGCAAGAAGGAAGGAACAGCGCUGGGAUCCAGUUGCAAAUGAGCAAGUGGUGCCUGAAGGUAAUAUCAAAAUAUUUUGUGCUGAUAACAUAUGGAAAGAUAAAAUUAUCACAGAAAAUUAAAUUGUAAAGCAUAAUUUGCUUUCCCCAUAGCUUGGAAAGUGAUGAAGAUUUGUUUUCAGAUUAGAAUUUUGAACCCAGGCUCGACUGAAUACAAUUAUUAAGAUUGGUUAAAAAAUAUUGAUAACUCCACUAGAUAAAUCAACACAGAAGAAGCUGGCCACAGAUCCCAUGUUCAAAUUGGAACAUGGUUCAAAUGAUCAGCAGCGAGGAAAGGAUAAAGUCUUGACACUUGCCCAGAUUGAAGAAAGCAGAGCCCCUAUGAAGGAUGAUUACAUCCUGAACCGUAUGGCUAGAGAUAAGUUUAGAGUAAGUGCAGAAGACCAAUGUACUAUAGGUGUCACGUACCGCUAUAAGUGUAGAGAAUUUAAUCUCCUAUUUUAAUUUAUGGCUCGUUGAUAAACAGUACACAACUAAGGACACUACCAUUAAUUAAAUACAGUAAUAAAGAACGAUACCAAAACUAGGCAUAAUUACAAAUAAUAAUUUAUUAAGCAAAUUUUAAAAUUGCCAAAUCAAAAAGAAUAAAACUAAGGCUAUUCACUUACAGUACAGCAAUGAAUUUGUACCGGUACAAUGUUGGAAGGUGCACACACAUACAUAGUUAAUAUAAUGUAAAAUAUUUACGGUCAGUACAGUAUGUCACGGUCAGUACAGUAUGUCACGGUCAGUACAGUAUGUCACGGUCUCUCUCUAGCUAUACCACUCCCCAAGUCGAUUGGCUUAUUUAUAGUCUUUCCUUGAGACUUUUCCAGAAAGGGGUUACACAUGGUACCUGCAUCUCGGCCUGUCUCGUAAGUUCUAAAGAAUUCUACUACAGACUGUGUAGUACUACAGACUACAAGGUCAAGAGAGACAAUUUGUGAAUUAAACCACACUCAUCUUCGCCAAACUUGGGGUUACCCAGAGUUCAUGCACAGGAUGUAUGAGAUGCACGAAAAUUAUGACGUAAACACAAAAACACGUCUGCAUAAAAAUAAGGAUAAUUAUUUAUAAUAGCUUUAAAACUACAGCAGUUCUUCUCCAAAUUCUUGUCUGUAGUUCUUUGUGGUUUCAAAUUACAGCAGUUCUUCUCCAAGUGCUUGUCUGUAGUUCUUUGUAGUUUCAAAUUACAGCAGUUCUUCUCCAAGUGCUUGUCUGUAGUUCUUUGUAGUUGGAAACUUCAUAACUUAGAUGAUGGUGUCUGCCUUCCCCAAGCCUUAAAACACAUUGAGUAGUCAAGCUGGUCAUUUCCUACGCAGUGAAAGUCUAUCCAGUUCAAGCGGCAUGGUGUCCCAAUUAUGCAGUGUUUUAGUUCUACAAUUUUGUUUUUACUGUUAUAGACUGUGGGUUCCCUUGUAUUUUUUACUCCAAUGUAACGUUGUAACAACCAAUCCUCUCCCCUUUUUUUUGGAUAUUUUCACUUAUUAAAUGUGUAAGGCUGUACCUAACCCACCCCUCCUUUGAUUUGGAAAAGGUUGUAUAGUUCUCUUUGUUUCAAAGAAUGCUAUCUGAUGACACAAUUUCUGGAAUGUAUUUCUGGGGGAUUCAAACUUACUCAUAUAUAUAUAUAUAUAUAAACAGGCAGCUUUCCUAGUGGUGAUUUUUACUCAUUUUUCUAGACGUUUACGAGACGUAAUAUACCUACAAGAAUGUACUCUUUAUAGUGGUUUUAAUUUAAUAUUUUAUAUCUUUGGGGGAAUGUAUAUUUUGACUUGCUGUUCUGUAAGCUGAUAUAGUUUUUUUUCUCAAUCCAUUUGAUUUUGUGUAUUUGUAUAAAUUUAAUAGUACAUUGAAAAUGAAUAUUGUUAGAAUUACUAGCUUUGGUAUCGUUUUUAUUUGUGUACUGGUUUCAGGUCCUUUAUUAUGUAUUGUUCAACACGUGGGCCAAUCUUAAAAUGGAUUAAAUUUUCAAAACCAUAUGAUGGUAUGUAACAUUGCUCUUUGAUAUAAACUAAUGGAGAUUUCCCUACGUCAUUAUAUGAUUUAAUAUUUUUAAAAAAACUUUAUGAAAGUAAGUGCAUUUUUUAUGUUUUAAAAAAAUUGAAAUUUUGUUUUGUUAGUCUACUCGUAUCAUUAAAGUGUUAGAUAUGAGUACAAAUAUAUUUUUUUCCAUUUUGGAGUUGAAAAGGAAAUAUCUGAAUAAGUGGCUUGUGUAUCUAUAAACUGUUAAUUUACUUCAUGACCUUUUGUGCCAGCUUGUGCUGUGUCUUUUGAAAUGGAGUUUUAUUAGAUAUUUAUUGAACAUGUAUACUUUAAAGAAAAAAAAUUGAGUUUAGGGAAGGAAAGAAUAUUUAAACAGAAUCCAUUUGAAGCAGAGAAACCCUGAUCAGAUUGAUGCUUUUAUUGCAUUGUCAUUUAAUUUUGUUUAGCUUAGAGUUUAAUGUAUUAGACAAGCACUAAGCCUAGACCCGAGACUAAUGUUUCUCUUAAAUGAGAUCCAAUGCCUAAAACUCAUUGGACUGGUACAGAAUAGGAUUUUAAAAUAAAAUUUGUCAUGUUGCUUUCAUUUCAGACAGAGAAAAAGCAACUCAAAGAAUUAGCAGAUGCCGAUCGUGCCAUCUUAGACAAGGCCGCAUUAGAUAUCGCAUUGGUGGAGGAGACAGAAGAGGAUAAAAAACUUGCCGGUCUGCUGAAAUAUGCCGUCACGUCAUGUGAGUUCAGUUUAUUUACCACUUUCAAAAUAAUGUUUCUGUUGUGCAAAUAAUAUUAAAAAACUUGGACUGGGCUCCUCUUUCUUCUUUUUGUUUUCCUGAUACUGAUAGUUUCGGUUUGAGCUGAAUUAAAUGAUUGGCUCACAAGUCUCAUGGUAAAACUUAUAAAGUUAAAAAAAUGAGUUCAAUAAAUUUAACAACUUUUUGAUAGUAGAUAAAUUUUAUGACUAAAGUGAAUACUUUUUGUUAAGAUUGUAUCAACUUAAUUAAUUUUUUUUUUUUACCCUUCCUGUAACAACAGCGUUUGAAGAAAAACAAAAUGAAAGGAGAAAAAGCAUUGAGCAGCGACCAUUAUUUGAUACCAACAAGUCUUCAACUUCUUUGCCUUCAAUGCAAUCAUCAUCAUCUGCCAACCUGACGCAACACAAUGGACUAAAGCAUAAGCUGAGCAGAGCUCUUCAAGCCACUUACAAAGAUCCUUUUAAAUCAGUCAAGAAGAAAAUUUUCAAAACCAAAACUCCAUGGACAGGCUUAAAGCUGGCUAAGAACUCUUCAUUUGUGGUGGUUAAAAGGAAAAAGUCUGGAAAAGAGGCUGAAAUCUCUUCAAUGUCCAAAGUUUCUGGAACAUUUGAUUUUAGAAAACCAAUGACAAAGCCUGACACAAAGUUACCAGCGCCUGCAAACAGUAGUUUAUCUGAUAGUAAUGAUCCUAUAAAUUCAAACUCUUAUUCUGUAGCACCAUCAACUGUUUCUUAUCAGUCAACUGCUACAUUAGCAACAUUACAGAAAAGUCACAGCUCUGAUAGCACUUCUGGAACACAAUUUUCAAAUGCAGCGUCUGCAACUGCAAAUGAUUUAACGAACGCUACAAACACUACUGACACAAAUACUACUGAUACAAGCUGUGGCAGUAUGGAUACGAUUAAUGUACCAAACAGCAGCCUUGAAGCCUUAAUGAGUAGUUAUGUGGAUUCUGACAGUGAUUCAGGGGUGAGCUAGCCGAGCCAAGUAUAAAUUGUUACUUGAUGGAAUAACUCUUGAGUUUAUUCAUGUUUCUUUUAUGCAAUAUUUAUAAUAUAUUAAAACAUUUUCUUAGGCAUAUUUGGUCCUAAUGGUGUAAAGGCCAUUCACAAAUCGGUACACGAAAAAUAAAAUUUGUACCAAAAAAUUCAAUUUCAUCCAUCAUGCUUUAGUAAUGGCUUAAUUCAUGAAGUACAAUAGUAGCAUAGGAACAUUUCCACUGAAGCAAUGAGUGGUUGGUUCCCUGAUCUGAUCUUUGUUGAUUAAAAUAUUUUAAAAAAUUGCUACACAUUACUUAAACUAUCUAAUGUUAUUAAUGUCGAAAUAUAAUGGUAAGGGUUUUCCAGAUCCAAAAAUAUAGUUUUUAGGGAUACAAGUCUGUGAUAUAAGUAGCAAAUUAUUUUGCAGCUAAAAUCAUGAAGAAAUAUUUAUUUUAGAAAGCAAUUAGUUCCUUUGUCCAAGUGAGGAGCCUACUAAACAAUACAUUCUAUCACAUUUAAAGUUAAAUAUUAUUCAUUAAAAUCUGUUACAAAUUGAGAAGAUUACAAUUCAAUUUCUACACUUAAUGAAUAUAGCAAACCUAUUCCCCCACUGCAUGAUUUUACAAUGCAGUAGUUAAUGAAUUGGUGCCUUUUUUAACAUUUAAAAAUUUCAAAUAAAAUAAUUAUUAACUGAUAAAAAAAAACUGAAAGGGUUUUAAAAGUCACUCAGUGCUUUCAAAUAUCUGUUAAAAGUCACUGGGUAGCUUUCAAAUAUCUGUUAAAAGUCACCCGAUAGCUUUCAAAUAUCUGUUAAAAGUCACGCUUUCAAAUAUCUGUUACAAGUCACUCGAUAGCUUUCAAAUAUCUGUUAAAAGUCACUCAAUUGCUUGCAAUUAUCUGAAAAUGAAUAAUUUUUUUGUGGCUUUAACAUAUAAAGAACAACUCAGAGUUACUCUUUCACCUUGUUUUGAAAUGCAGGUAGUUGAUUUAAGCUGGGACUUUUAGAAGGGUACAAAAUGUAAUUAGUCUCAACUGUGAUUACAUUUGUGUAAUUAAAUUAAUUGUUUAUAUUUUUUGGUCAACUUGAAAAUAAUAAAUGUAUACUUUCUUUGAAAUAUUUUAAAAAUUCAUUAAUAUGUGUUAUAUGUGUGCAUAUUGAGAUAUUUUAAU